AUGGGCAGGGGGAAACCGGAGAGAAACCAAGAAGGAAAAGCAACCCAGCAACCUUUCCCGACAAACAACUUCCUCGGCAUCGGAGAGUCCAUACCUUCAUCAGCACCCAAACCGAAGGCACCAGUAGCAGAAAAAAUCUUGCCAAAAUCAAGCGCUCUGACAUUCUCUACCGAGCCAUGGAGAGCUACUCCAGUCGACGCCAAAGAUGGGGAUCGGGAGAGCAGAUCAAUGUCGGGUCGCAUGGUGAACUGGCGUUUCAAGAAGAAGAAGCCAUGGACUAAAGAGAGCCCUGAGAUCGAGCGACCUGGGAACUCGCCGGGGCCGAGCAUCCGGCGAAGAAGGUGGCGUUUGUCGGCGACUCUCUUCAUGGCAACGAGCUGCCUAGUGGAGAAAGAUUCAGUCAAUUGGAAGAAGAUGAGUACGAGAGCAAUUCUAGCUACUCUUUCGACGAACUGGAGAUGCAGGAAGAAGGAGCCGCGAUCCGAUGGAAGAGAGUUGGGAGUUGUGGCACCACCGCCGCAUACCAGCAAUCGUCGGCGCCGCGGCCUUGAAGCGACAGCGUUUCGAAUCGCUCGCGGGAAACGACGAGUGGCGGCCGUUUCCGUCGCGCCAACGAGGAAGGAGAAGGAGAGAGAGUUUCCAGUGGAGUUCGGCGACGAGAUCCACCGCCAAUGCAAAGCCGAGGCAAAAGAGGUGGACGGUGUCGGCGUCGAUCGACGACGAGAAACAGUUCGGGGUCCCCGAAUUUUGCAGUCAGCGACGCGGAUCGUGGGGAUGGCCGCGAUUAAUGUUGGCCAUGGGUGUUGCGUCGAUCGCCGAGAAGCAGAGGUUUGUGGCGCCGGAGUCGACUUCUUGUGGCUUGGUGCGCCGCUCGCCGGAGGACGAGAAGAAGAAGAGAGGCGGCGGCGUUAA